GCCCAGGCCCUGCCCGAGUGUGGGGGGCGCCGCCGGCCCCGGGGGGUGGGGGAUUAGGCAGGGGAAAAAACAAAACAAAACAAAAACAAAAACAACCCCCCCCCAAACAACACACGGAACCGGGACAGGCUUGUGCCCACUCUCUGCCACAAUGGCCUCUGGGGUGGAAGUCCUGCGCUUCCAGCUGCCCGGCCACGAGGCUGCUACCCUUCGGAACAUGAACCAGCUCCGUGCAGAGGAACGGUUCUGCGACGUGACCAUCGUGGCCGACAGCCUCAAGUUCCGUGGCCACAAGGUCAUCCUGGCCGCCUGCUCGCCCUUCCUACGAGACCAGUUCUUGCUGAACCCCAGCUCCGAGCUGCAGGUCUCGCUGAUGCACAGCGCCCGCAUCGUGGCUGACCUGCUCCUCUCCUGCUACACCGGCGCCCUGGAGUUUGCCGUCAGGGACAUCGUGAACUACCUGACCGCGGCCUCCUACCUGCAGAUGGAGCACGUGGUGGAGAAAUGCCGGAACGCCCUCAGCCAGUUCAUUGAGCCCAAGAUAGGCCUCAAAGAGGAUGGAGUCAGCGAGGCCACCCUAGUGAGCAGUGUCAGCGCCACCAAGUCCCUCCUCCCUCCAGCUAGGACCCCAAAGCCAGCUCCCAAGCCCCCGCCCCCACCUCCUCUACCCCCUCCGCUCCUGCGGCCUGUGAAGCUGGAGUUCCCGCUGGACGAGGACCUGGAGCUCAAGGCCGAGGAUGAGGACGAGGACGAGGACGAAGACGUGUCUGACAUCUGCAUCGUCAAGGUGGAGUCUGCCCUCGAGGUGGCACACCGGCUCAAACCCCCUGGAGGCCUCGGAGGGGGUCUGGGUAUCGGGGCGUCUGUGAGCAGCCACCUCGGGGAGCUGACCCCGAGUAGCGGGGCCCCCAGCACCGUAACCCCUCCACAGGGAGUGGUGAAGGCCUGCUACAGCCUGUCUGAGGAUGCGGAAGGGGAGGGCCUGCUGCUGAUCCCCGGAGGCCGGGCCAGUGUGGGGGCCACCUCGGGUCUAGUGGAAGCCGCAGCGGUGGCCAUGGCUGCCCGGGGGGCGGGGGGCAGCCUAGGGGCGGGGGGCAGCCGGGGACCCCUGCCGGGGGGUGGAUUCUCGAGUGGAAACCCCUUAAAGAACAUAAAGUGCACCAAGUGCCCAGAAGUGUUCCAGGGCGUGGAGAAGCUGGUCUUCCACAUGCGUGCGCAACACUUCAUCUUCAUGUGCCCGCGCUGCGGCAAGCAGUUCAACCACAGCAGCAACCUCAACCGCCACAUGAACGUGCACCGUGGCGUCAAGUCGCACUCGUGCGGCAUCUGCGGCAAGUGCUUCACGCAGAAGUCCACGCUGCACGACCACCUCAACCUGCACUCAGGUGCGCGGCCCUACCGAUGCUCCUACUGCGACGUGCGCUUCGCCCACAAGCCCGCCAUCAGGCGGCACCUCAAGGAGCAGCAUGGCAAGACCACGGCCGAGAACGUGCUGGAGGCCAGCGUGGCGGAGAUCAACGUGCUCAUUCGCUGACCGGGCCGGAGGCUGGGGUGCCUGGGCUUGGGUGGGAAGAGGGCU